CGUCAUCACGGGCACCGGCCGCGCCUUCUGCGCCGGCGCCGACCUCAAGGAGUGGGAUGGCAUCAACCACUCCUCUUCUUCCACAGCAUCAUCCCAGAGCCCCAGCGGCGCCGCCUCGGGCGUGCGGCCGGCCGGCGACAGGUCCCCCGCCUCGUCCUCGGGCAGAUUCCCCCGCGGCGGCUUCGGCGGCAUGUCGAACCGCGGGGGCCUGAAGCCCAUCGUGGCGGCCGUCAACGGCGUGUGCUUCGGCGGCGGCAUGGAGAUGGCCAUCAACUGCGACAUGGUCGUGGCGUCCGAGGGGGCCCGGUUCGCCCUGCCCGAGGUCACCAUCGGCGUCAUCGCGCUCGCGGGCGCCCUGCCGCGCCUCGUCCGCACCGUCGGCAAGCAGAGGGCCGCCGAGAUGGCGCUGGCCGGUGGGCGCUACACCGCGGCCGAGAUGCGCGAGUGGGGCCUCGUCAACGAGGUCGUGCCCGACGGCGACGCCGGCCAGAGGACGAGGGUCCUGAGCAAGGCGCUGGAGUGGGCGGCGAGGAUCGCGGGGAAUAGUCCCGAUGCGGUCAUCGUGAGCCGGGAGGGCCUGAAGCUGGGCUGGGAGGGAUUCGAUGCUGAGAAGGCUGUGGAUGUGCACAUGAAGGGCUGGUAUGCGAGGAUCGACAAGGGCGAGAAUAUGAAGGAGGGAGUCAGGAGCUUUGUGGAGAGGAGGAAGCCCAAGUGGGUCAAUAGUAAGUUGUGAUCAUCAUGGGCAUCGACUCACUUGAUACACAUUGCUUCGUGUUCCUAAAGAAGAUCUGUGGGCGAAUCUUAGAUUGGGCCUUGAUGAUAAAUGUGGGACAGUGCAAUUAUGUAGGACAUGCGAAUGCAUCGUUAUACUAUGCAACCGAGUGGCAGGACA